AUGAGAAACACAAUGAGAGCGAUCACGAGGUUGCAGACCCCGGCUCCUGUGUUACCGUCCCCGGAGAACGCAGCGGGUAACAACACUGACCUGCGAUGCAGCAGCUUGGCCCCGGCAACAACAACACUUACAAGGCCGCAGCUGUCGGCGCGGUUGUCCACUGCUGAUGCGAACAAACAGACGGAUCCGGGGAUGGACCCCCGCUCACGGCUGCCUCGUGAAGAACUGGAGGCUCUCGAUAAGCCAAUCAUCGACAGAUGGUACAUAGCAAAGGUUGUUAUGAGGGUAUCGACCACCUGUUUUGCUGCGGCCAUGGUUCCGGUGCAAAUUUACCGGCAACCCUCGAUGAGUAUUCUCUAUCCGGAUAUAUGGUCAUUUAUCAACGAUAUUAUCCAAUAUGUGCUUGCUGCGGCGAUCAUGAGCUGGAAUAGUGCCGAGUUUAUUACCAUGUGUUGCCGAAAAGGCCGUGGAAUACCCGCCAAAGCCCAUAUAUUCCUUGACGCGUUCAUAUUCUUGCUUGGCCUGACUGCUGUUGGGUACCAAAUAUUUAUUCUAUUCCUUCACAAUUAUGGAUCGUAUGAAUAUUAUCAGGCGGCGAUGCCCCUAACCGCAUUGUCAAGUCUCUUCCACUUUACACUUUCCAUACGUGGUUGCGUCGAUAAUGCCUUUCCUGGGUCAACACCCAGAAUAAUGUACCUGAUUACCGGGGAACCCGUCGUCGUUCUGCCCGGGCGGCGCGCCCCACGACCAACGCACGCAGCUGAUGCCCGUGAUGUCGAGAUGAACAACCAAGGCAGUGCUGCUUUCCAGAGAAUGACGCAAACUGCACUGCCACCACUCAGCACUGACGCCGGGUCAGUUCGGACAGCGACGGCACCAAUAUCGUCUCCAAACACAUCUGACUCUCCGAGCAGAAGUCAACCUGUGCUGCCAACGUUGAACACAGAAGUGAACCGCCGUGCUGCGCCGCCGUGGACUCCACGACCACAUGUCGCUACAGCCGAUGCGUUAUCCCCGGACACCAUGGCGCCCGCAACGGCCUUGACGGCAGAUGGGUUCCGAGAUUAUACGUCACCUAUCGCCGCAGGAAUGCCGGCGGGUCAAAACAUCUCACCGGUACAAUCUCCAUCAGCUUCUCCCGCAGCAGCGACGCCAGGCCGACAUCAAAGAUACAAUAGCGGCACCGAUGGCGGCCGGCCACGGAGGAAGCCUGUACCACGGCGGAAAGGAACGCACUACGCCGAUCCAUGGGGAGCUUCUGGGCCCGAGUACGAGCCAGACGAGGCCGAGAGGCUGCGUGCGGAGAGAGGCGAAAGACAGGCGCAGUGGAUGUCGCUGGAGGGCAUGGGCCCGCGAGGCGGCGUGUCGGGCGCGAAGAAGAGACCGGGCAGUGUUGAAGAGCCCAAGUCGCACGAGCGUGCCGGUAGUGACGCGGACCUAACCAAGAUGUCAAGGUUACCAAGCCAACAUUCUAGUUCACAGGCUGCUGUUUCCGACACGGUUGUCACGGAGAGCAGCAUUAGAUAG